AUGCCACACGAAGGAAGCACGAGGGCUGGGACACUGCCAGGUUGCCCAAGCUUAGACAGGAGAAGUCGAGAGGUAGAGGUCGGGUUCGAACCACGGACUUUCCGAUCAGUAAGUUCGCGCUCUAUAGCCACUUGGUCCAUCUCUCCCUGCGCCAUCCUUUCUUUGUUCCAAGGUGAUCCCGGUUGCCUGUCCUCGAUAAAAAAACCGUUCGGCUGUAACACCCUUUCGGUGCCAAACUGA